AGGCGCCGGACGAGUGGAGGGCCCCCUUCUUCCAUGGAAUCCUAACUGCUUCUCUCCAGUACUCUCCCCAGGCGAGUGGAGGGCCUCGCUGUCCUCCGGCUUGCCGCUCGGCCUGCUCGAGGGCCGCCUCCGCCAGAGUGCGCCUGCACAGGAGCGCGGUCGCGCGGAGGGAGGAGACGGGGGGAGCUGACGCCGUGCAACACAGCGAAGCAAAGCUAGGCUGGGCCUUUCUCGUGCGCUGGGCCAAAUUGGGCCUCGUGCUCCUGCUUUUGCUUCGUUGUGUUGGCUAGGCCGGUUCAACGUGCAAAAGAAAACAUCCGGCGUGUCUCUCUCUCGGCGUGGCGACGACGGACGACAGGGCGAGUGGCGCUGCCUUUCGUCGGGCGCUUCGCCGGCCGACUAGGGUAUUUACGCCCGUUCCUUUCCCUUCCUAUCCUGCUGUGCGAAAUCGAACACCCAGACCCCUAACGUUUUCUUCCUCCAGCGCGCAAGAUCGAUCUCGGAUCCUCGGUUGACAUAGGGCUUCGUAUCCGAGCAUACAUUGGUGUUUAUAUGGAUGGAGCAGAACACAAAGGACAAGUGUGACUUUCCUGUCUUUUUCUGCCUUGACUACUAGUGACCAAGUUGGAACCGUUGCACUAUGGAAGAGAAUGCAUAAUUAAUAUUGGCCAUAUGCAGGAAGUUUUUGAUCCACCAGAAAUGGAAAGGGAAACAGAAACGGAAUUUGAUACUUGUACUUCCAUUAGGAAGGAUGUGGUUUUCGAGCAAGAUCCAGGUUCUUCAUACCGAUUAUGGGGCAAUAUGAAGUUUGAAGAGGAUGGCCAUUUGCUAUCUCAGGCAAAAAGGGAUUUGUUACGUGUGGAUUAUCAAACACGGCCUGAGGAGUCCAACUAUGUUACUGACCUUAGAUCACAUGCAUAUUCUGAGGAUCAUUUGCCACUGGGAAGAGAAUGUCAUAGGCAGAAGUCACACCUUCCUACUUCAAGCUGUUCUUGGGAAAACUCUUCCGCAUUAGAAGCAGCACCACCACCACCAAGUAGCCCAGACGCAUUAGGGCAUGCAUUCGAGAAAAUGAGAACCAAAACCAACACCCUCAGUGCAAGGCCAGAUUAUCGUGCUUCAUAUUCUGCCACUGCUCCUCACAUGAGAAAGCAUCCAGGAGAAGUUGAACUCGAUAAUGGUUUAGAUCAUUCUGAUCAUUGUUGCCGAAGAUCAGACCGAUUUACUGCCUUUUCAAGCCGCAGUGGUCAAUCUGUAGAACAUUGCAGUGAGCUGGGCGAUUAUGCCAGAGCCCCUCACUAUGUAGAUGGGAUCAAUCUUAUUUCACGUCAAUGGUACUUUGAUGAUGGAGGCCCUUCGGUACCAAGAGGGCUGCAGUAUGGCGAUGAGAUCCCUUCUCUGUCUAGUAAGAAGCAUAGUAGGCUACCUUCACGCUUAAGCCAAUGGCACUAUGAUCCUCAAACCCCAUUGUUCUCAAGAAGACAGGAGUACGGUGAUGAGAUCCCAUCACUGUCUCCAAAUUGGCGUUACCGAUAUAAGAUUCCUCUGCACUCUGGUCAUUGGUGGCAUGAUGCUGAGGCACCUGCACCAUCAAGGUACCAGCAAGGUGCUUCUCAUUGGAAUGGUCACUCAAGACAAAAUUUUGCCAGGAUUAAUACCAAUGAGCAAGCCAAAGUUACCACAAGCAAACAUGCUUUUAUGAAACAUAGGAUGAUCAACAGAGUUGCAAACAGUAGUAUCCACUACAGGACCAAUAUGAAAGAUAAUAGGUACAGAAAUCCUGAGGAUAUAAAGGACCAAGUUCGUGGGCCAAGAGCAAGUAAAUUCAAUAAUACUUCAGCUUCAUCCAGUGUGAAAGAUAUCUCAAGUCCAUUUGUCUGUAGGGAUCAAAUUAAUAGAUCCGACUUUUCAGUUCAGUAUAAACAGGCCAAGUUUUUCAUGAUAAAAUCAUAUAGUGAAGACGAUAUUCAUAUAGGUAUCAAAUACAACGUUUGGGCAAGUACAGCAAACGGAAACGAUAAACUUGACGCUGCUUACCAUGAAGCUCAAAUUUUAAUGAAAGAGAAUGGGGAGAACUGUCCUGUGUUCCUAUUCUUCUCGGUUAACACCAGCGGACAGUUUGUAGGGUUGGCUGAAAUGUUAGGCCCUGUUGAUUUCAAGAAGACCAUGGAUUUCUGGAAAGAAGAUAAAUGGAAUGGCUUUUUCCCUAUAAUAUGGCAUAUUAUAAAGGACAUUCCAAAUCGUCUGUUCAGACAUAUAAUUCUUGAACACAAUGAUAACAGACCAGUUACUUUUAGUAGGGACACUCAAGAGAUUGGGUUGGCCCAAGGUAUGCAAAUGUUGAAAAUUUUCAAGGAUCACCUUCAGGGAACAUUAAUUCUGGAUGAUUUUGAUUUUUAUGAAGAAAAAGACAAUGCACGCCGUGCCCAAAAGGGUGGAAAUCCAGAGUCAACACAUCAAGCUAGAUAUUCUGAAGACUUGGAACCGAUGGGAAAUUUGGAGGCACGCAUGGAGAGCUGGAGUUUGUACGAGAAUUGGGACUAAUGCACAGAUCACUGUACAUCUGAAAUAAAGAGCAUUACGAGUCAGUAAAGUAGCUGAAGGCACUGACGCUCCUAUGGAGAACAAUUCCAACCAAAAUUUGUCUAUACGUGUCAUCUGAAACUGCUUUAUUGUUAUACAGUGUUCAUGUAGAAGCAUAGAUGUAUUGGUAAACAGAGACGUGAAGAGAUUUUAGCACUCGAGAUUUCCUGAAACCAGGUUACUCUGUUAUUUCCUGAAAUCUGGUUACUUGUCAAAUUUGAGUUUUGAGCCU